AUGUCGUAUUCAACUGAAGAUUAUGCUAGGUUCUAUAUUAGGGAGAUGGUUAAGUUGCAUAGAGUGCCUUUAUCCAUCAUUUCAGACAUAGGAAACCAGUUCACUUCUCAGUUUUGGAGAUCUUUUCAGAAAGGACUUGGUACUCAAGUUAAACUUAGCAUAACUUUGCACCUGCAGACUGAUGGUCAGGCUUGCAAAAUCUCUACCAGACAUGCUCAUGGCUGUGACGAAGAGAGUAAUAACGGGCUUGGCAACAAUGUAGACAACUUUCGCAAAUGGGUUGAUGUGGUAGAAAGGGUUGUAACUAUUUUGAAAACUGACAUGAGAGACUUAAAGGGGAAAGCUCUGAUACAUAAUAGUGAAAUGGCUAUGUUAGCUGAGAGUAUAGUGAUCACAAAUGAGGAAGAUAAUGAGGAUACAACAGAGAUGCAACAAGACAUGAAGGCAUCCCUGAGGACAACCCACUCGCAGGGAGAUAAAACAGAGUCUAGUGUGCCGUUCAAGCAUCGUGAUGAUGACACAAGUGAUGAAAUUGAGGCAGGUUAUAAAGAAGAAGAUAUUGAAUGA